AUUGACUCAUCAAGAAGACGAAUAAGACAAGAACUUGCCCUGUGUUACUUCCGGUUACUUCCACCGUCGAACGAACUUGUAAGAAAAGCGGCCAAAGCAUGGACCAGUGCUCAAACGUUGACGAACCUAACCCUAACCCUCCCAUGGCCGAGCCAGAACUCAUCGCCAACCUACACUCCCAGCUCCACUCUCUCCGGAACAGAGUCAAGGAACUAGAGACUGAGAAUGCCAAACUAUUAUAUCGGAUUUCCAAUUGCCACUGUAACAAGAUAGAGGGGAAUGUAGAUUCCAAUGUUGCAGACAGAGUUGGCAAUUCAGUGGAGGAGAGUGCCAAAUUAGAAGCAUGUGUUGGUAAUACCCAAAAGAAGUCAAAGGAGAUAAUGCCAGGUUGUAAAAUGAGGGCCAUGCAUCACCACUCCAAGAGAUAUGUUGCUCUGAAAGUGAUGUAUUUUGGGCAAAGGUUCUAUGGUUUUGCUUCAGAGGCACAAAUGGAUCCAACUGUUGAGUCUGAAAUUUUCAAAGCUCUUGAGAAGACGAAGCUCAUCGUUGGUGACAAGAAGGAUUUAAAGUACUCAAGAUGUGGUAGAACAGACAAAGGAGUUUCUUCUGUUGGGCAAGUGAUUGCUCUUCUUUUACGAUCGAAUCAUAAGGAAACAGAAGGGACUGGUGGAUAUUCUGGGGAAUUCACUCGAAAAAACCAUGAGGGAGAAAUUGAUUAUGUGAGAAUCCUGAACAGAAUCCUUCCUAAAGAUAUUCGAGUUAUUGGCUGGUGUCCUGCUCCAAUAAAUUUCAGUGCAAGGUUUAGCUGUUUUAGCAGGGUUUACAAAUACUUUUUUUGGAGAGUAAACCUGAAUAUAGUGGCGAUGGAGACUGCUGGUAAGAAAUUUGUUGGGGAACAUGACUUCAGAAACUUCUGUAAGAUGGAUGCAGCAAAUGUGCAUAAUUAUAGGCGGCAUAUCACUUCGUUCGAUAUUUCACCAUGCAAUGAAAGGUUUGAAGGCGAUGAGCUUUGGGCAAUGAAAAUCAAAGGUAGUGCUUUCCUGUGGCACCAGGUCCGGUGCAUGGUUGCUGUACUAUUUUUGGUUGGCCAGGGUCUUGAAUCCCCUAAUGUGAUAGAUGCAUUACUGGAUAUUGAAAGGACCUCACGGAAACCUCAAUACACGAUGGCUCCAGAUAUUCCAUUGGUUCUUCAAUCCUGUGAAUUUGAAGAUCUCAGAUUUAUGUGCUCAUCAGAUGCCAGGCAAGCAUUGCAAGCGCACUUGGAGAAGGAAUGUCGAACUUACAAACUCCAAGCUACAAUCUUUCACGAGGCCCUGUUGAGCUGUUCAGUUGUUGAAAGUGAUGAUUAUUCGUUGAAUAAUAGAAUGAAAAAGAAAUCGGCUUCCCAUGUUCCUCUCAUGUCACGACCAACUGAGCCAUCUUAUGAAGAGCGGCAUACUAAGUUGAAUCUGGCAGCACAAAAGUAGCUUGCUUUCAGGAGCUGAAUUUGUUGAAUGGAGGAGGGAACUUUUGUGUUUCUUGAGAUGAAUAAAUAACUAAGGUACCAAUUUGUUGCCCGUGGUUCAAAGAUUUCAUAUUUUGCCCUUGCGAGGAUGAUCACACAAAUACAUUUUCCGUUUGUCAAGCCACCUCUGUUGAUUAGGUUAUAUGUACUAUGGAUUCAUCGUCACAUUCUUCUCCCUCCCAUUCAGAUGCAACGCGAUACUGCACUACUGUUCUACAAGGGUUUGCAAGAUCUGUUGCAGAAACACAUUUUUGCUCAUAUUUUAGUGAGGAACUAAUUUAGUGUAAGGGCUAGUUACCCCUUUUGAAUGGUCAUAAGAUCUUUGUAUUUUGUAGUCCAUAGAGCGGGUGUAACUCAAUUGUUUGGACUCAACACGUAACACGUAACACAUUUUUAAUUAUCUGAGUGACGAUGAAACUUAAAUUUUGUUCUGAUACCAUGAGGAUUACUAUUUCCUCUAAACACAAAGAAAUUAAAAAUUUCUUGAUUAUUAAUAUGCAUUCUCU